AUGAAUUUGAGGCGUUCUUCCCCUCCAGGAGAUGUACCCGAUGAUGGCAAAGUGCUCCAGAUGCAACUCAUCCGAGGUAGUGACAAGGGAUUGGCUGGUGCACCGGCUCCCCCUUCUAGUAGCUGCAAGCCACUUUCCAGCCAUCUUCCCGUCGUCGUCCAGGCUUUCGGUCUCUCGAUCCUGCUGCUGCCCAACCCACUGGCACCUUUUCCUGCGAUUGUCCAGUCCACCCUCACCUCAUCCAGCUACCAUCCAGCCUCUGUACACCUGUUACUGCUGUUGUCCUACACACCACCGCAUCACGUCCUGCAACAUGGAAAACCAGAAGAACGGUCUGCCAUAAUCAGCAAGCUUGCUGGCCAAAUAGUAAAGAUGAGCCAACAGAAAUUCGCUUCAAACGUUAUUGAGAAAUGCUUGACAUUUGGUAAACCUGAGGAACGUCUUCUUCUAAUAAAAGAGAUGCUUGGACCCAAUGAUGAGAAUGAGCCUUUGCAGGCAAUGAUGAAGGAUCAAUUUGCAAACUACGUCGUGCAAAAAGUUCUGGAGACCUGCGACGAUCAAAACCGUGAACUCAUACUCUCACGCAUCAAAGUCCACCUAAACGCAUUAAAAAAGUAUACCUACGGGAAGCACAUUGUCGCAAGAGUUGAGAAAUUAAUUGCCGCUGGAGAAAGGAGGAUGGGGAUGAGUGCGAGUUCCUGACUGAAGGUGGGGAAGGAAUUUUUGUACAGAUAGAGAACUUUUUAGUCUACCACAGCAUGCAGCCCAGAUUUCUUCUCAGUACUAAUUGUGGAAUGAAAACUAUAGCAGGCUGUGUAAAUAAAUGGUAGGCAUAUGGAAAUAAAACUGACUUUUUUCUUUUUUUUUUCUUUUUUUUUUCUUUUUGGUGUUUUCUGUUAGUAUUCAAUAUGUAUAUUGUGAAUGAGGUGUAAUCAAAGUGACAAAUACUUAGGGGUUUAUGGGGAAAUAUAUAGAUUUUUCUGAACUGUGUAACGAUAGCAGCAGAAUGUGUAACGGUAACCUGAUGUUGUAGAAAACAAAAGCUGCAAUCUUUUGACUUUGUUUUUGUUUUGUUUUGUAGUGUAAUCGAGUAAUAAUCUGCUUCUGCAGAUUUGGUAUUCUGUUUUUA